CAAGAUUUGACCUAAAACAGAGAAUAAGACGAUCGGACAGCAGCCGAAGAAGUGGGUGAGGAAAGGAAGCCUUAAUCUUGUUCUGCCUGUAUGGAUUCUAGAUUUAUGUGCUCGAGCUGUCAAAAUACAAAUUCAAUCUGCCCAGCUUAAUCACCAGCAAGCUAGGUUCAGAAAAAAAAAAGAGAUAAAGAAAUGAGCUUUGAAACUCCUCUUGAGAUUCCAGUCGUAGAUUUCUCUAGUCCGGACAUGAAUCCGGGCUCGUCCCGAUGGGAUUCGGUGAAAGACCAGGUCUGGCGAGCCCUCGAAGAAUACGGUUGGUUCGAAGCAUUAUACGACAGAGUUGCUGUAGAGCUCAGCAGGAAGACCGUUUUGGGUUCACUGGAGGAGCUCUUUGAGCUUCCUUUAGAAACCAAGAGGCGAAAUGUUUCUAAAAAGCCCAGUCAUGGCUAUUGUGGGCAAUUUCCUGGGAUUCCAUUGUUUGAAAGCAUUGGCGUUGAUGGUGCCAACAUCACCCAAAAUGUGGAAAGCUUGACUACAACCUUGUGGCCUCAAGGAAACCAACGUUUUAGCAAAAAGAUACAGUCCUACUCGGAGCAGGUAGGGGAGUUGGAUGAAAUAAUCAGAAGGAUGAUCUUGGAGAGCUUGGGUGUCGAGAAAUAUUUGGAUGAACACAUCAAUUCAACGAACUAUCUUCUUAGGGUCUCAAAAUAUAAAGGGCCGAAAACCUCUGCAACAAAGCUUGGUCUGAAUGGCCAUACCGACAGAAGCUAUGUGACUAUACUCUGCCAAAAUCAGAUUGAUGGGUUGGAGGUGCAAACCAAAGAUGGAGGCUGGAUCACUUAUAAACCCUCAUCACCACACUCUUUUGUGGUCAUGAUUGGAGAAUCUCUCUACGCAUGGUCGAAUGGUCGGUUGCACAUACCUUAUCAUCGAGUCACGGUGACUGGAAAUGAGGAUCGGUACUCGGUUGCAUUGUUUUCGAUGCCGAAGGAAGGGUACAUAAUCAGAAUCCCAGAAGAGCUUGUGGAUGAAGAUCACCCCUUACAUUUCAAGCCUUUUGAUAUGGCAAAGUACAUGGGUUCUACCGUUUUGGGCCAAGAGCCUGAUCUGCUUUAUAGGCCUAGUUACCCUUACUAAUACUUAUACUAUGGUGUUUGAGUCUUUUUCUGUGUGUGUUUCUUGUUUUGAUAAAUAUGAGAUAUAUUGAAGAACCAAAAGAUACAAAGCUAGGCAGCCAUACCUAAGCUUCAGCCUUGAAAAAAUCAUAAUAUAGUCUGUUUUGGA